AUGAUCAACGUGCCAACAAACCAGGUCGUCGAGUCCACCGAUCUGCAAGAGCGAGACCCCAACGAUGCAAGGAGUGAGGCAGGGCAGCCGAUUUGCGGUUCUCCUCCUGCCGCUUCUUCUGAGAUAGACGGCAAUGGUGGCCCCAACGACUUGGGUCCCCCCGACGCUGGUGCCCACAUGCAGCUGCUGGCCGGUCUGCCGGAGGCAUUUCGGACGAGGAUCGCUUUUGUUCAACUCCAUGCUACCGACGUCGAACUGGACGAUGCGAUAGUUGGCUGUAAGUCAGCCAGACUAGCUUGUGAUGCGUACUUAAAGGCGUGA